CUACAACUACAUGGACAUCAGCAACAGGGAGGACACCUUUGUAGAGCAGUACCUUCCCUUGGAAAACUGGGGAGAGGGUGGUGUGACUGACACAGAGUCCCAUUUGGAGAAAAAACAUGUAGGAAUUGUAGAGCCUUUGCAUUUAAUGUUAGCCUCACAAACAUACCUUACUCACAAACAUCCUGCUUCUUCAGUGGAUAAGUCAGACCACCAGGCCUACCAAGCUUUGGGUACCCUGCACACUACAAACCCCAUGUGCAAUACUAUAAGAGAACCCCCUACACCUGGCAAUGGAUCCUCACCAGAGUACCACCCACCAAUCAUAUCUGAGAGGGAAAGUAUCUUGAGUCUAGGUGUGAUGGGUAUACCCACAGUCUCGCUGUCAGAGUAUGUGGAUGACAACCCUGAUUCACCUAUAGAUGAGAGUGAUUCUGCACUGGAUGUGGAUUUUCAGUCAACUGAAGGUACAACUGAGAGUGCAGCAAGCAGAGUCACUGUUAGUACCCCCACUUUGACUGCCUCCGAGGAUGCCACAAGCGCAGAUUCUGGUGACUCGAAGAUCAAGCUGGUAUCACCACCUGACUGCAAGAAACCAACCAAUACAACAUCUAUAAGUUCUGUCCCUGCAGGUGCCACUACUUCUGUCCAGCCAACACCCCCAAUCCAGUACAGCAUUCUGCGUGAGGAAAGGGAGGCAGAGCUGGAUAGUGAGCUUGUCAAUGAAUCCUUUGAUGAGAACCCAGAGAAAGAACAUGCUGCUUUGAGCCCCAGAGGUCAGAAAUCCAAGCCCUGGUCAGCUGCAGCCUCCUCAAUUCCUUCUUCAGUCAUUUCUUCUUCUACUGUAGAAACCACCCUUACUGAGCCUUUGUCUAGCAAUAUAGGGUCCCAAUUCAUGAAUGAAAAAGACACAGUGGAAAUAACAUCCCCAACAGCCUUGGCAAACACAGGAGUGCGAGUGGAACAGCCUACAGUGGAGGAUAAGGUUGGGAAGCAGAGGCGUGGUAGCCAAAGCCGAGGAUUUUCAGUCAGGAGAGCCUCAAUGCCAAUAUUCCUUUGGGGACUGGAACAACAGAAAGCUGUAGAUCUGCUAUACUGGCGGGAUGUAAAGAAGACAGCACUCCUGUUGAGCAGCAUGCUGCUCCUACUCUUGUCACUCACACAGUUUAGUGUGGUGAGCGUGGGAGCCUACCUUGCCUUGGCGAUCCUCUCCACCACCGUCAGUUUCAGGAUCUACAAGUCCGUCUUACAGGCUGUGCAGAAAACAGAUGAGGGUCACCCUUUCAGGUCCUACUUGGAAAUUGACAUGACCCUGUCGCAGGAGCAGAUGCAAAAAUAUGCUGAAGGAGCCCAGUACUAUAUCAGUUGCAUACUGAAGGAGCUGUGUCGGCUGUUCCUGGUGCAGGACCUGGUGGACUCGCUCAAGUUUUCCGUGCUGAUGUGGCUGCUUACCUAUGUGGGCACUCUGUUCAACGGCCUUACCUUGCUGAUCAUGGUGGUUGUGUCCAUGUUUUCCAUGCCAGUGGUGUAUGAGAAGUACCAGGCGCAGAUUGAUCAGUACCUGGGACUAAUAAAGACCCAUGUAAACUGUGUGGUGGGAAAGAUCCAGGAAAAGAUACCAGGAGCCAAGAGGAAGACAGAAUAGACUUUUAGAAACAUGGACGGUGACUGGAAGACAAGACCUGCUAGAAGGGAGGUUCAUUCCCCAGUCCAGAAGUAGCACGCUGCCACCCUUCCCCAGGCAGCCUGUAGAAGCGUAGGAGUCAUACUUAACAUUACCCAUGUCCAGAGCUAAAGUCUAAUGAGGGAAAGGGCAAGUCAAAACAACAGACAAAAACUAGAUGUGUCUUUAUUGUUUAUUAAAUGCAUGGAAUUCAGUUUCUUGAAGUCGCAUUUGCUCUGUUGUAUUUUUUUGUUGUGCU